GAGUGGACGCAGUCAUAAAUUAGUGUUAUUCCGCCUCUAAAAGUAAAGUAAUGUACUGUUAUCGCUGGUUCGUUAGAAAAAUGUUUGCGCUGUUGCCGCUGUUAAUACUUUUUUGGAUUUUUUAUAUAAUUUACACGUAUAAUAAUAAAAUGAACCUUAUACGAGCAAGCCAUAAGGACAAAUCUCAUUUGAAUCACAAAAACAUGAGGUAUGUACUUCAAUGGACUCGCAGGUUCAGUGCACCGUUUGAUUGGAUGGGCGAAGGUAACUCAGCCUUUGUUAAAUACAAAUGCAAAUACACAAAUUGUUACGUGACAGACGAUAGAAGUUAUUUUCUUGAUCAAAGGGACUUCGAUGCAAUUGCCUUCAACGGAAGGGAUGUGAUACACCUUUGGCCCUUUCAAAUGCCAUCUCAGAGAUCACUGAGACAAAAAUUCAUAUUCGGCGCAAUGGAAUCUCCGGACAAUUUUCCCGCGUGUGAUGAAAAUCUAGACGGUUUCUUUAAUUGGACGUGGACUUAUAAAUUGGAUUCAGAUAUACGAUGGGGAUACAUAGCUAUCUAUAAUAAAAAUGGCCAGCUCGUUGGACCUAAAGUAGAUAUGGUAUGGCCGAAUAUGACACCCGUCAGCGAGAGUUUAAAGGCUAAAUUGAAGAAGAAGACCAAGGCGGUUGCGUGGUUUGUAUCCCACUGCUCAGCAAAAAGUGGUAGAGAACAUUAUGUUGCGAGGCUGAAUAAUGAACUGGAAGCAUUCGGCUUAGCUGUGGAUAUUUAUGGGGGCUGUGGUAGCUUAACAUGCCCAAGAGAAAACGAGAAAUCUUGUUUCAAAAUGAUUAAAGAUGAUUACCAUUUCUAUUUAUCUUUUGAAAAUUCGUUUUCAGAGGACUAUGUAACAGAAAAAUUGUUAACAGCCUUAAACAAUUAUGCCGUUCCUAUUGUUUUUGGAGCUGCUCUUUACACGAGAUUUCUACCGGAUGGCAGUUACAUAGAUGCAAGAACCUUAACCCCAGCAGCACUUGCAGACGAGAUAAAUAGCAUACUUGAAAACAAGACGAAGUUUUACGAUUUCUUUCGAUGGCGCAACCAUUUAGUAUACAAAAGUACUGAUGGAUCAGAUGUUUGCAACCUUUGUGAGAUACUUAAUGAUGAAGAGAAGGUGCGAGAAGUUAGUGUGUGGAGAGAUUUCAGGGUGUGGUGGAAUGGUGCACGUUAUAAGGAUAACUGUUUUUAGGAAUAAAUGUGGAACAAUGAGAAUAGUAUUAAUUGUAUUUGGCAAGCCUAGAAUUUCAAAUCAGUCUCCUAAACCAGACUGGGUGGGCACGGUGCACCCGAGUAACCUUCUAUGAAUGUCAAUAUUCACUAUUAGUCUUAAAUAAAGUUUGAAUACUUAGUAAUAUUAAGUGAAGAGGAAAGAGUUCCUUAUACUCAUGUUAGAUCUUCUAUUUGAGGUGUUACUGGCAGUAAAUGUAAAAUUAGAUUCAUUUAAUAUUUCUU